AUGCAGUCUAUAGUGAUUUCACAGCCCGGUCCCCUUGGUGGCGGACCGUGUCGUGGACGCUUCUUCACGGAUUAUAGCGCUGGUCCGUUAAAUGAUACUGCUGAAUUCGAAGGCUGGUUUAACCACAAGCUUGCUAUAUGCAAACACGUGAACCAAGCCCCCAAAGAUACCCUGCCAUUUCAAUUCACCACCUUUGUCCUCACUCAUCAGGAUAUAAGCCCUCGAAACUUGAUUCUGGGUCAGAACGGAGAAGUAUGGUUGAUUGACUGGGCUCAUUCCGGUGCAUAUCCUCCUGCCUUCGAGAGCGCUGCAUUAUCGGCCCAGCAAUUUUUCACAGACUUUAAUGAGAUCGUUCUAUCUCUUAUUCCACGGUACCCUGAGGAAGAACUGCAGCUUGAGUCUAUUACAUACGGGUUGAUUACCGCAGCGCUGGCUUAA